GCUGGUCAGGAGCCGCUGUUUUUUUUUGACAGGUGAGAUGAGUUGAGUUCAGGAAAAUCCCAAAGGUUACCGAUAUUCCACUUUUCAUGGGCAAUAAGGAUAGCUUUCCGUUGUCAUUUUUAUUUUAAAACAUGGAGAUAAGUAGAACCGUUUCAUUAUAAUCUAGAAUGCCGAAUCUGAAAAGGAGAGUACGAGUAGCAGCUUGCAGCAGCCAUCGACCCAAGCAAGCUAGUUAAAGACGGAGUGGUUCUCGUCUUGGGACGCCAGCCAGUUGUUCAUUGGUAUACUCUUGCCAGCUAUAGGGACCUUCUCUUGGAUCCUCUUACGAGCUUUGGGCUUCCAGCAUGAUGUGUAACCGUGGUGACAACAGAGAGCACCAACACCCAUCCCUCUCUCCCUUCCCCUGGGCUGCUGCCCCUCCCACACCCCCCUCACCCUAAAGCAGUCCAAACCACACAAAGAUGGCGGACAGGAAGGAGCCACCAAUCUAUAAUGAUGACAGCGUGGGGGCCUUCCAGUACAAGUUGCCGUUCUACGAGACCAUGGAGCUGUUCAUCGAAACGUUGACUGGGACCUGCUUCGAGCUGCGCGUCUCGCCCUUUGAGACAGUCAUCUCUGUCAAGGCCAAGAUCCAGAGGCUGGAAGGUAUCCCCGUUGCCCAGCAACACCUGAUUUGGAACAACUUGGAGCUGGAGGAUGAGUACUGUCUGCAUGACUACAGUAUUGCUGAGGGCUGUACACUGAAGCUGGUCCUGGCCAUGAGAGGAGGACCCAUCAACACCAGGAGAGUGUCUGUGGAGGACCCAGUGAAGGAUAUGGCAGAGUUGAUGGAGGGAGGCAGGGAGGAGGGCUGGGAGAAGAGUAUGCCUAGCAACAAGCAGGUCACCUUCCUGGUGUACCGAGAAGGAGACCAGCUCAACUUCUUCCGGGUCGUCGACCGAGGGGACGGAACUCUGACCCCUGUCUCAGAAUCAUUCAGUGGUGGCUCGGUGUACAACAUGUUCUCUGAGGAGGAGGACAACGACAGUGAGGGCUUGCCUUUGGUCCAGCCGACCCUGGAGAACUGUAUCACCAUGAACAAGAUGAAGCUGCUCAAAGCCAAGAUGGAGGACAUGAACAUCAACAAGAAGCCUAAGAAGUCUGCCAAGUUGGAACCUCUUCCCCCCGUCGGUCCCCGGCCCUGUAGCAGCUCUCUGGACCCUUCUGGACCCCGACACCACCGUCUCUUCCGCGUCCUACCCGAGAUCAACCAAUCCCAUCAUUCCGCCUCACACUUACCUCCAAUCAGGGACCAGGGAUCCAUAACUCCCUCCCCUCCCGCUGCUGCCUCCGCCUCCACCCACCUGUCAAGCAGCGGCCGAGCUCUGCCCUAUUUAUCUUCCUCGUCCUGUUACAUGCUCCAGGAGGAGGAGCCAUGGGAGUCCAUCCCCAAGUCGAUCAGACCCCCUCCUAAAGUGUCCCGGUUGGAGAUCGGCAGCGCCAGGCUCAUGAGGGACUGUGUGUACCCGCAGCUCCCCGUGCUCUCCAGCAGGGGUCAGGUUGGUGGGGCAACGGAGCUGCCUGACCCCAGAAGUGAGGCACUGGGCCUGGGCCUGCUGGAGCCCACACCGCCUAGAGCUUUGUACGGAGGAGACCUGCUCUCAGAUCCCCUCAGCCUGGAUAUCUCUUCCCAGCCAGAGAUGGAUCUGGGUGGGUUGGAUGGGCUAGGAGCCCUGGGGGUUGGAGCAGAGCUCCAGCUCCCUUCCACCCCCUCUCUGCUCUCCCAAGCUGUGGGGAUGAACUCUUUAAACAACUGGGCAAUGGGUGGUUCUGAUAGGCUAGCCUGGAAAGGGGAGAGGACACCUUUACUUGGCAACACCCUUCAUCAUAUUCCCGACUCUCCUUCCUCAUCAUCCUCCCCCUCAAGUAGACCAAGACUACCACAACCCUUUGAGUUUUCCGGCUCAACAACGUCACCCCUACGACCCAAUCUCCACUCCUCCUCCCACCCCACCACUUUUCUCACCCCUCCUUCUCCUGCUAGCCCCUCCUCUCCUCCUCACUGCUCUCGUUUGCGAGGCAUCAAUGUGGACUCCCCAGUCCAGUGGCCGGAGAUGAUCAGUAAAAGCGAGGCGCGUGGCAUUACCAAGCUGGCCAACCAGGCCUGUAAGGAGCCUCUCGGGUCCCUCCGCAACACAGAGCUCCUGGCCUCCCUGUCCUCCUCCAGGUCCCUAGGCAGCAGCAGGGGAGUCCUAGAACCAAGCCUGGGAAUCGGGUUGGGGCUUCCCGCUGUUGGGGCCUCCGGGCUUGGCACGCUAGGCUCUACGGCCCUCUCCCUCCCAGCCAACAUCCAGCUACUCCAGGAGGACCUGAUACGAAGAGCAGCCACCUCCUACAUGUCAACUAACAGCCUGGGAUCAGCUGGAGGCUCCAGUUCAAUAAGAAGACUAGGCACCCCGACAUAUCACCUGCCUCCAGUCAAGGUCCCGCUGAGCAGGAAGAAGAAGAGUUCUAAACACUGCUUCCUCUGUGGCAAGAAGACUGGGCUCGCCACCAGCUACGAGUGCAGGUGUGGUAACAACUUCUGCGCCACCCACCGCUACGCAGAGACCCAUGACUGCACGUACAACUACAAGAGUGCCGGACGCCGCUUCCUCCAGGAAACUAACCCCAUCGUCAACGCUCCCAAGCUGCCCAAGAUCUGAGCCCCUCCCCCUGUCCCCCCCUCUAUCCCUGCACUCCUCAUUCUUUGAUUUACCUGAAUGAUUAAAAACAAAAGGGAAGGAAGGAAGGAUCUUGAUCACCGUUGUGUGCUUUUUAAUCACCAAGUUUGACUUAAUGACAUCGAAAUGCCAAGUGUGAACAAAACAGAACAGAGAAUAUUAGCACACAAACUUUAUUAACUCGCUAUCACCUCUGCUCCGGACAAUGUGAACAAACUGGUGAUCCACCUUCUUCGUAUAUUGUAACCUUGAUAUUUUUCCUUAGCAAAAAAGUAUUGCAUGUACUAUACAUAGAUGUUUUUUUUUAAGCAGAAGAUGUCAGUUUAUUUCAUGUUUUAACGGAACAGAAGUGCACAUCUCCAAGCGUAAACAUUAUCCGUAUUUUUAUUUUGUCAGAUUUGUUUUUCUUAAAAUAGGACUGCAGAUAACUUUUUCAUGCGACAAGUCUUUGAGAGAUGCACUUUAGAAUUAUCAUAUUUAUAUACCAAUGUUUGACUUUUUGUUUUUUUUGUAGGCUCUUGCAGUUCUGUGUUUGUCGUUUUUGUUGUCUUACUGUCAAUCAUGUUUUUAUAUCCAGUACAUUCAGAAAGUAUUCAAAACCCUUGAAUUAUUCCACAUUUUGUUGUUACAGCCAUCUACACACAAUACCCCAUAGUGACAAAGUGAAAACCUGUUUUCAGACAUUUUUGCACCUUUUAUUGAAAAUGAAAUACAGAAAUAUCUCAUUUACUUAAGUAUUCACACCCCUGAGUCAAUGGAUGUUUGCAUCACCUUUGGCAGCGAUUACAGCUGUAAGUCUCUUAAGAGCUUUGUACACCUGGAUUGUACAAUAUUGGCGCAUUAUUCUUUUAAGAAUUCUUCCAGCUCUGUCAAAUUUGGUUGUUGAUUAUUGCUAGACAACCAUUUUCAGGUCUUACCAUAGAUGAUUAAGUAGAUUUAAGCCUUGUGUUUUAGGUUAUUGUCCUGCUGAAGGGUGAAUUAAUCUCCCAGUAUCUGUAUGAAAGCAGACUGAACCAGGUUUUCCUCUAAGAUUUUGCCUACCUUUUUUAGCUCCAUUUAGUAAAUGUUUUUAUCCUGAUAAACCCCCCAGGCCUUAACGAUUACAAGCAUACCCAUAACAUGAUGCAACCACCACUUUGCUUGAAAAUAUGGAGAGUGGUAAUCGGUGAUGUGUUGCAUUGGAUUUCCCCAAAUCUAACGUUUCGUAUUCAGGACAAUGUUAAUUGCUUUGCCACAUGUUUUGCAGUAUUACUUUAGUGCCUUGUUGCAAAUAGGAUGCAUGUUUUGAAAUAUUUUUUAUUCUGUACAGGAUUCCUUCUUUGCACUCAGCUAAUAGGUUAGUAUUGUGGAGUAACUACAAUGUUGUUGAUACAUCCUCAGAUCCCCCCCCCCCCCUAUCACAGCCAUUAAACUGUGUAACUGUUUUAAAGUAACCAUUGUCCUCAUAGUGAAGUCCUUUGCGUGACUGGGUGUAUCAUUGAUCCCUUUGAGCAUGAUUCAACCUCAAUGUAAUCCAUUUUAAAUUCAGACUGUAACACAACAAAAUGUGGAAAAAUUAAAGUGGUGUGACUACUUUCUGAAGGCACACUCUCCUCGCCACUUCUUUUAUGGGCACAUGCAUUCUGGCAUCAAUGUUACAAUGCGUCUUCUACUAAAUGAACUAAUACUGAACACUCCCCGUUGAUGAGAAACUAUCAAAUGGAUUACUUUAAUGUUAAUUCAAGAUCAGCUUUGACAUACGUAUGCAAAUAGCAUGUCAAACAUGCUGUAUGGUAGUAGGAGAAGGGAAUAUAGAAUUUUGGUUUAUGGUUGCCAUAAAAAUAAAUGGUAUUUUAAAUUGCACAGCUGUUGCAAAAAAAAUGUUUAGUUACUAUAUUGGAGGGCUGGAAUAAUCUAACAUAUGGCUGUGUUAACUUGUUUGAAUGAAUAGUAAAAAAUAAAAAAGUGAUUACAAGAACUGGU